UCAGUGUAUCUUAGAGAAAUAUACAUAUAUUCUUAUCUUGGAAUUGUUUUUGUCCUUCAUGUAUCCUGUCUCAGGACACACAUGAUCCCAGUGAAGGAUGAGGAAGCAGAGUCUCAGAGGAAGGCCAAAUCACGGCAGGCCAGACAGACUCGAAGAGCUACACAGGGAGUUACCCUCUCAGAGUUGAUGGAGGCAAAAAGAACCUUCAGCCCAUCAAAACUGGACAUACAAACAGGUGAGGUGUGCAGAUCCACAGAGGGAAUGAGUGUCCAGAAAAUACUUCCUGAAGACACAACAGAAACCAGCCCGUCCCUGAGGCAGGAACAGCAGUCUAAUGAGGACCAUUGUGAACACCUUGAUAAGCAAGGAAACUGGAAAAGAAGACCAGGAACCAAACCUGACAGGCCUUCCUUCUGCAUCGCAUCAGUUAAGGGAGCAUGUGGUUUCACUCCCAGUCUGAAGAGUCACAGCACCUCGAUAGAGUCUGAAUGGACAGAUGAAAAUGACAACAUCCUUUAUGGUUCCUAUGAUGCAUCUCUGACACAGCAGCUGACUGAAGAAGACUGUGAUCUCAGUGCUGACCUGACCAGCCUACUCACUGAGGUACCAUUAUCAUGUGUGUGCCUCUCUAGUACUACUCAUUGAUGUUGUUUAAACAUGUAUUUAUAUAUCUAUAUAUCUGUUUAUACAUUGCUCAUGUGAGAAACACAAGGAUGUUGAGGUCAAAGACUUGAUUACUAAUUUGUAAAAUUGUACAUUUUGCUCUAUACAGUUUUCAUUCAAAGUAAAUUUUUUUAGGGAUGCAUGAUUUUUUCAUGGCUGAUUCUUAUUAUCGAUUUUUUUUUUCUCUUUGAUUAGGCAAAUUUAUUGUUUUUUAUUUGUUCUAUUGCAGCCCAAACUGGCC